CGUGCUCACUUCUGUUUACCAACAAAAGUGCACUUUUGAUGCACAUUCAGAGUCCCGCGGCGCGACAUCACGUUUCGAACGAAGACGACGGCAUGUUGUGCAAUAAUUUCGUACAAAAUUAAAAACGCAGGUGAAACCAUGUUCAAACUCCUAAGUUCCGCGGUCCGCUCGGCGGCGAGUCGUGUUCAACGCCAGCAACAAGUCCCUUCGGCGAUCGCCGCCCUGUAUAGUACGUUCCACCCGCGCGAGUUCCAGUUCGAGUCGUCGGACGGCGAAACGGGCACGCUGAUUCACCGGUUCUCGCGGCACAUUGCCCUCACGCGGCGGGACUUUGACGACCGGACGCGGUUCGGGUUCAAGUAUGCGUCGUUUUAUCCGGUGUACAGUCCGGAUGCGUUUUUGGGUGAGUUGCGGAAGGUGAGCUGCUUGGAUUUGGGCAAGCUGAUCUGCUUGACGGCGGACUUCCGGAGCAAGACGGACUUUCGGCUGUUUGCGGAUGUGGCGAACGCGCUGGACGAGGAGAGUGAGGGCCGGGUUGAGGGGGCGAGCUUUAACGAGCUGGUCACGAUCCUGCACGGGUUCAUGUAUCUGCUGCCGAACAAGAUUACGAAGUUGAAGAGUUAUAGGAAAGCGAUGCCGAGGUUGGUGGAGCUGUUUGCGGAGAAACCUAACGAGAAGGACUUUAUGACGGUGCUGUUCUUUCUGGGGCUGUGGAAGAGGAACGCGUUUGGGGGACAUUUGAUGGAUCAGUAUCUGCAGAGUUACUUGGGGGAGUUCCUGAACGAUCAGCUUGAUCUGAUGGACUUUGCAAUUUUGGCCAAUGCCAGCUAUAAGACGAGCGUCAGGAUAAGCAAUGAAAGGUUUUUGAAGCGGCUCGAGAACGAAAUUUGCAACUUUGAGGGCAAGGAUAUGGCGCUGUUUGUGACACUGAUCAAGUGUGCCCGGAUGAACAGGAUGCGGUCCGAACGGGUGCUCGAGAAGCUCAGGUCAAUUCUUGAGAAUGAUGCUACGGCGUUGGAUUUCCGAGGAUUGUCGCACUUGUUCGUGUACUUAGCGGAAAUUUCCGUCAAGGAUGAUUCCUUAAACAAGCUGUUCCUGGACGAAGCUUCCCGACGAAUAGAAGAGGAGAUUGCCACCAACGAAGAAGAGGAAUCUACGUCUCAAAGCUUUCGACCAAAAGAUCUGGCCACGUUCCUGCACGGUUGUGCAACCUUGUCCAUACCAAUCACCCAGCUCGAUCUGGAACCCAACAACCUGUUGAACAAAAUCUUCGAAAAGAUCGAACGCGAAGAAUACCGCUACACCCCGGACACCCUCGUCGACACGUGCCUCUCCCUGUGGGUCAUGAACCUACCCUCGGUAGAUCUGAUGUCCUCGAUCUUCAGCGAUCGCCAGAUGAUGCAAAACUUCAAGCGAGAUCGCGUCAAAAUCGAAUCACGCCGUGACCUAUUGCUAGCUUGCGCCGAAAUUGAACGUCCCGAGGCGUUCAAGAUCAUCUCCCGACUGCCACGGGUGGACGCCUUCCAGCUGGAUCGCAGCUGUCCGGAGUUUCUGGUGCGGCAUCGCGCUCAACUGCAGCGAGUAGCGAGUUGUCUGGAGGCGGCGCGCGAGAAGUUGCAGAUAGCUCACGUCCAGUUCAGCUUGCCGGUUAAGUUCCUGAACAUUGCUGGGCUGUUCGUUACGCUGGACAACGGGGUGGAGUUCAACGUGGACGUGCUGGAAAAGACGAACUGCUUGUCAGAUGAGCAAACGCCGACGGGCCUGAUGGGAUUGAAGUUGCGACUGCUGGAACACAUAUCGACGCCGAACGUUGUGAUCAACUCCUUUGCGGAACAAUCCGAUGAACAGAUCGUCAGCAAAGUGGAAGAGGCUAUCCAGGGAUUGCAGCCUACCAAAGGAAAGCGAAAGAGCAGGAAAUCGGGUUAAAAGUACAAUUUAUUAAAACACAACAUCCA